AUGCUAUCCCAAUAUGGCGACCACUGUAUGCUUACGUCAGACGGCAAGGUAUCGUGGCAUUUGGCAUUCCGGAAAGAAUUAAGCUGUGCUGUUAAUGUCGAGAAAUUCCCAUUUGACAGUCAGACGUGUUCUAUCAAUCUUAUUCAAUGGGCCACUGACGUCACAGAGGUGAAUUGCUCGGAGUCAUCUGAAGGCGUUGAGCCUGUUCUGUUCUCAGACAUACACGAGUGGAAGGUGACAGGCCAUUCUACGGACCGCACCAGGGGCUUGAAGCAGGUGCACGUGAUGUUCAAAUACAAUCUGAAACGGAAGCCUCUGAUGUUCGUUAUCUCAGCGGUGUUCCCAAUGAUGCUGCUGUCUCUGCUGAAUCUGGUCGUGUUCCUGAUGCCCGCCGAAUCCGGAGAGAAGAUGAAUCUGUCGGUGUCCGUAGUGCUGGCCUACGCUGUGCUCAUGACCAUCGUGUUCAGCGUUCUGCCUGCUACGUCAGACACUCUUUCCAUAUUCGUAGUCUACACCAUCGCCAUGUUCUUCAUCAAGGUCAUGACAAUCAUCUUCAGCGUCAUCGUGAUAAGGCUGUACUACACCGAUCCACGAGUUCCUUUGUCUCCACGCUGGAAACCACUACUCGCCGCUUUCAGACUGCUGCCGAAACAUACCGGAUAUGUGCCGGAACAUCCCGAGACUAAUCCAGUAACAUCCACGGACGAAAUCAAGGGCUACCAGAACAUCCAGAAUGUUGUGUCUGGAAACAUUGUCUGUAAAAUUGGACAGAGAAUUUUGUGGUUUUACUGUUUUUGCCACAGUUGGGGGAACGGCUGUUUCCUUCAUGCUGUUACUGAUAUAGAUUAA